GGCCCGUAGCCCCGCCUUCCCGCCCGCCACGCCCGUUGCCAGGGGCGCCCGCGCCAAUGACAGGCGGCCGCCGAGCUACAACCGGCUGUUACUGAGGAGGACAGAUGACAACGGCGAUGAUUGACUGCGGAGGCAGGGACAGAGCCCUAUGAUUGGCCACAUUCCUGGAGCCAGAGAACUAACUCUAAUCAGCUGAGUGAGGACCCCCUCCGCCCCCCACGACCGAUCCCGGGGCAGACGGAGGGCUCCGCAGCCGAGGGAAGCCGGAUCCAGACCCUCUGCCCAGCCCGGAGCCGGGGGUCUGGGCCGGGCCGGGGCGAGGGGAAGAGGGAGCCCGCCUGACCUCGGGGGCUCCCGGCGCCGCCACUGACCUGGCUGAAUGCAUCGGGCGGCGGACCCGCCGGGGGCCCUCGGGGGCUUGAGCUGUGCCGGGGCCUGGACCUCCUGUUCCCCCCACCCCCACCCCCAACCCCGCGCCUGGCUGCCUGGGGGCAGGUGUUCUGCCAGCAUCGGCCAGCCCCAGCUCCCGGUCCAUCUGCCCCCGGCCCCCGGUGGCAGCAUCGGCCACCCCAACAAGCCCUAUUACUCUCCUGGGACCGCGAGCUCUCGGCCGCUGCACGGGAAGUUGGAGUCCCUGCAUGGCUGGGUGCAGGCUCUGCUGCGGGACCCGGCCCAGCCGGGGCUGUGGGAGCAGCUGGGGCAGCUGUACGAGUCGGAGCAGGACAGCGAGGAGGCCCUGCGCUGUUAUCAAAGCGCCCUCCGCUACGGGGCCAUCUACGCCCACCUGGGGCCCCGCAUCGGCCGCCUGCAGCAGGCCCAGCUCUGGAGCUUCCACUCAGGGUCCUCCCAUCACCGCGCCAAGGCACUGCCGCCCCUGGAGCAAGUGUGGAACCUCCUCCACCUCGAGCACAAGCGGAACUACGGCACGAAGCGGGGAGGUCCCCCGGUGAAGCGGGCGGCCGAGACCCCCGUGGUGCAGCCGGUGCCUCCCGCGGCGCCCCCCGACCCCGGGGACGAGAGCCUGAGCCCCGGGGGCAAGCGGAGGAGGAGCUGCGGUCCGGAGCAGCCCGCUCCUCCCCCUGGCUUGCCGCCCCCUCCUCCGCCACCCCUGCCAGGCUUGGCCACCAGUCCCCCCUUCCAGCCCCCCAAGCCGGGGCUGUGGAGCCCACUUCACGGAGAGGCCUGGGGCGCUGAGCGCAAAGGCAUGGCCCCUCCGGACCGCCAGGAGCAGCGGCACUCGGUCCCCCACCCGUUCCCGUACCCGGCCCCCGCCUACGCUACGCAUCCCCCCGGCCCCCGGCCGGUGCCCGUGGCCCCCCCGGGCCCCCGCCCCCCAGGAGCAGAGAGCCAUGGCUGCCCGCCCGCCGCCCGCCCCCCCGGAAGUGACCUUAGAGAGAGCAGAGUUCACAGGUCGCGGCUGGACUCCAGCGUUUCACCAGCAGCAACCACCGCCUGCGUGCCUUAUGCCCCACCCCGGCCCCCCGGCGGCGGCACCACCAGCAGCGGCGGCGGCCACGGCGGACCCCGGGGCGCGGAGCAGAGCCCAGGCCUCGGUUCCGACCGCUUCCCAAGCGCAGCAGCACUGGAGGCCGCCUCCCACCACAGCCGCCUGGGGCCCCUGGGUCAGAGCGGUCGGAAGGCCCUCCCCCCGGUCCCCGGCCCCCCCAGCCCCCCGCCGCCCCCACCGCCCUGCCCCCGCCUGCUCCGCCCGCCCCCGCCCCCGCCCUGGCUGAAGGGCCCGGCCUGCCGGGUCGGGCCCGCCGCCGCCGCCGCCGCCCCCGUGCAAGAGGAGGGGGACCCCCUGGAGGAGUUCUUGUUUGGGACAGAGGGUCCCCCCUGCCCGGCCCCUCCUCUUCCUCCUCCUCCUCCUCCUCCGCCUCCCCUCCCUCCCCCUCCCCCUCCCCCGCUCUCCCUCCCCCACCGCGAGGGCUUCUUGGGGGCCCCGGCACCCCUUUUCCCCAUGGGCACUCAGGAUUCACACUCCACCACCGCCGCCGCCACCUCCACCACCGCCAUCACCACCACCAGCAGUAGCAGUCACGGCGGCGGUGGCGGCGGCGGCGGCAGCAACGGUCAAGUGGGGCCUCUUCCCUUCCCCCCGCCCCCCUACCCUCCUGCCCGGGGCCAAGACACCCGCCCCCCCAGCCCGGCCCUCAGCCCCCCAGCCCCACCCCCUCCUCCCCCCCCUCCGGCGGCCGCCUCGUCCCCCUCCUGCUCCCCCCCGGCCUCCUGCUCCUCCUCCUCCUCUUCCUCCUCCUCCUGCUCCUCCACCACCACCACCACCUGCCACCAAAAUACCUCAGGAAGCUUCAGGCGCCCGGAGAGCCCCCGGCCCAGGGCCUCCUUCCCAAAGACCGCGGAGGCGGGGCGGGGUCCCCCCGCCGGCCCCCUGAGUGAAGCCCAGCGGCCCCGGCCCCCCGGGGGAGAGGAGCCGCCCGGCCGGGGCGGGCCGCGACUGUUCGACUUCCCCGCGGCGCCCUUGGAGGACCAGUUCGAGGAGCCGGCCGAGUUCAAGAUCCUGCCCGACGGGCUGGCCAACAUCAUGAAGAUGCUGGACGAGUCCAUCCGCAGGGAGGAGGAGCAGCAGCAGCAGCGGCAGCGGGAGGCCGGUGGGGCACCACCGCCCUCGCCCUCCUCCGCCGCCACCUCCUCCUCCUCCUCCUCCUCCUCCUCCUCCUCCUCGGAGCCCUACGCCCCUCUGCGGUGCCCCUUCCCGGUGGCCCAGGAGGAGAAGCCGCCGACGCCCCCGACGCCGACCCUGGCCAAGUUCCAGCUGCCGCAGCCUCCGCAGCCUCCGCAGCCCGGCCCGGCCGCCCUGCUCAAGUCUCUGGCCUCCGUGUUGGAGGGCCAAAAGUACUCUUACCGAGGGGCCGGGGGAGCCCCCCGGCCCGCGCCUCCGCCCGCUCCUCCGUCCGCCUUGCAGUAUUCCCCCCCGCCUCCGCCAGGUGCUAACCCCUCCCCGGCGGGGGCCAAGAAGAGCCCACCGGGCCCCCCGCAGCCGCCCCUGCCCCUGCCGCCGCCGCCGCCGCCGCCCUCUCCGUCAUCUCAAAUUUCUACCUCAAACGGGCCCUGGGCCCGGGAGCGAGGAGGGGGCCAGGAGCCCCCCGGGGGCCCCGCCGGCCAGCUGCCCCUGCCGCCCCCCGCCCGCUCGGAGUCCGAGGUGCUAGAGGAGAUCAGCCGGGCCUGCGAGACGCUGGUGGGGCGGGUGAGCCGGCCCGCGGGGGAGCCGCCCGAAGCCGGGCCCGGAGACAGGCCGCCCCGGGCCAGGGAGGAGAGCGGGGCCGGGGGCGGCCCGGCGGCGGCGGCGGCCCGGCGGCGGGAGAAGGAGCACCGGCGGCACCAGCGGCGGGCGUGCAAGGACGGCGGGCACCGGCACCGUGAGGGCAAAGGCCACAAAGAGAAGAACAGGCAGGUGCUGGGCAACCUGGACUUGCAGAGCAAGGAGAUCCAAGGGCGGGACAAGGCCAAGCCCGAGGCCGGGGGCGCAGCCAAAGCCAAACCCGCGCCUGCCGCCCCGCCGCCGCCGCCCCCGCCGCCCCCUCCUCCCCCGCCCGCCGCCGCCCCCCGCCGCAAGGCACGCGAGGAGGCUCCGGGCCCGCCCGGGGUGAGUCCGGCAGACAUGCUGAAGCUGCGCUCGCUGAGCGAGGGUCCGCCCAAGGAGCUGAAGAUCCGCCUCAUCAAAGUGGAGAGCGGCGACAAGGAAACCUUCAUUGCCUCCGAGGUGGAGGAGGAGCGGCGCAGGCUCAGCAUGGCCGACCUCACCAUCGCCCACUGUGCUGCCGACGUCGUGCGGGCCAGCAGGCACGCCAAGGUGAAGGGCAGGUUCCGGGAGUCCUACCUCUCGCCCGCCCAAUCCGUGAAGCCCCAGAUUAACUCCGAGGAGAAGCUGCCCCGGGAGAAGCUCAACCCCCCUACGCCCAGCAUCUACCUGGAGAGCAAGCGGGACGCCUUCUCUCCAGUGCUCCUGCAGUUCUGCACAGACCCCCGGAACCCCAUCACCGUUAUCCGUGGCCUGGCCGGCUCCCUUCGCCUAAACCUGGGCCUGUUCUCCACGAAGACGCUGGUGGAGGCGAGCGGGGAGCACGCCGUGGAGGUGCGCACGCAGGUGCAGCAGCCUUCGGACGAGAACUGGGACCUGUCCGGCACCCGGCAGAUCUGGCCCUGCGAGAGCAGCCGCUCCCACACCACCAUCGCCAAAUACGCUCAGUACCAGGCCUCCUCCUUCCAGGAGUCCCUACAGGAGGAGAAGGAAAGCGAGGAUGAAGAAUCGGAGGAGCCUGACAGCACCACAGAGACGCCCCCCAGGGAUGGUUUUCUUUUCCCUAUGGAGUUACAAGCUGCUGCUGCUGCCACUUCCUGCACCCAAAGCAACCCGGACCAGAAAGCCCAUCACAUCAUCAAAUUCGGCACCAACAUCGACCUGUCGGAUGCCAAGCGGUGGAAGCCGCAGCUGCAGGAGCUGUUGAAGCUGCCCGCCUUCAUGCGGGUCACAUCCACGGGCAACAUGCUGAGUCACGUGGGGCACACGAUCCUGGGAAUGAACACCGUGCAGUUGUACAUGAAGGUGCCGGGGAGCCGCACGCCAGGCCACCAGGAGAACAACAACUUCUGCUCUGUGAACAUCAACAUCGGGCCGGGCGACUGCGAGUGGUUCGCCGUGCACGAGCACUACUGGGAGACCAUCAGCGCCUUCUGCGACCGGCACGGGGUGGACUACCUGACGGGCUCGUGGUGGCCGAUCCUGGAGGACCUGUACGCCUCCAACAUCCCUGUGUACCGCUUCGUGCAGCGGCCCGGGGACCUGGUGUGGAUCAACGCCGGCACCGUCCACUGGGUGCAGGCCACCGGCUGGUGCAACAACAUCGCCUGGAACGUGGGGCCCCUCACCGCCUACCAGUACCAGCUGGCCUUGGAGCGCUACGAGUGGAACGAAGUGAAGAACGUCAAGUCCAUCGUCCCCAUGAUCCACGUGUCCUGGAACGUGGCCCGCACCGUCAAGGUCAGCGACCCAGACCUCUACAGGAUGAUCAAGUUCUGUCUGAUGCAGUCCAUGAAGCACUGCCAGGUGCAGCGGGAGAGCCUGGUGCGGGCGGGCAAGAAGAUUGCCUAUCAGGGCCGCGUCAAAGAUGAGCCGGCGUACUACUGCAACGAGUGUGAUGUGGAGGUGUUCAACAUCCUGUUUGUGACCAGUGAGAACGGCAGCCGCAACACGUACCUGGUGCACUGCGAGGCUUGUGCCCGGCGCCGCAGUGCCAGCCUGCACGGAGUGGUGGUGUUGGAGCAGUAUAAGACCGAGGAGCUGUCCCAAGCCUACGACAGCUUCGUCCUGGCUGGAUCCGGCGGCUCCCGAUGAGGCAGGAAACGCCCCCCCUCUGGAGGGGGGGCCACCCCCGUCCCCAUGGCGACGGCCCCCCCACCCCACCCCCCCCCCCCGCCAUCCUAC